AUGCCGACCCUCGACGAGGGCGGCCUGGCGGCCCAGCAGCUAAGAGGCGACCCCAAUUGCUGGAUCCACAUCCCCGGCGCCUCACCCGACCGCCAGCAGCGCGCCAGACAAGGUCCCGGGGGGCCAAGUCCUGAAGGUCCGGCCCCCGCCGGGAAAGGAAAGGACAAGCUGCCGGUGCCGGAGCACCGUCACAAGGACAAUGCGGGUGCCACCCCAACCCAGAGGGACGACGGGGCCCAGGGGGCAUCCCCUGCGCGGAGCAGCCAAGCAGAGGGGAGCAAGUCCUGGAGGCUCCAGCAUGGUGACGGCUCCUUCGUGGGGGAGCCGGCCCCCAAGCGUCAGAAGACGGCAGAGGCGGAGAGGCAGAGCGGAGCUCCACCACCUCCGCCGCAACGCCAGCAGCCGGAGGGGAGGCCGGGGGUGGCGCGACGGCCUUCUCCGGAGCAGCAGAUUCCUCCACCGCCACCGACGACGCGGCACCUAGUGACGCCACCACCACCGACAGAGCCGAGGCCACAAACCCCGCCCUCACCACCAGAAGCGCCAGCGGCCAGGGACCACCACCAAAGGUCCGGGGGGUCCUCGGCAGGAGAAAAGGUCUCCCCAAUCGCCCGGGGCGGUUGGGAGUGGUUUGACUUCGUGUAA